GCGAUAUAGUCGUAUAUCAAAAUUGUUUCAUAACCUAAUUUUACAAAGAAAUUGUUAUUUGUAUAUUUAUGAAUAAAUACAGAAACGAUUAAAGCAUGACCGAAAAAGAAGAAGAAAAGUCUAUGGACUGCGUUUCUGACCAAGAAAGAGAAAUCGCCCAACUUGCAUUAUCAGAAUUUCAAAAGGGCAACUACUCCGCGUGCCUUCAAAAUAUACACAAAUUAGAAGUUCGAACAUUUGAUUUAAAAGUUGCUCACAAUAAACUUGUCGCAGAAUAUUAUAAAAAUGAUCUACGAUCCACCGAAACAUUUCAGAAGAAUCUUGCUGCCUUUUAUUCACAGUUUAAAUUACGACUGGAGAAACUAGAUGAUGUGGAUCAUUGUGUCGCGCAUUAUAAUCAAGCCGUUCUGCUUUACCAUCAAAAACAAUACACGCAGGCUAUAAGAAUUAUGGAGAGAGUGUACAAAUUUAUUGAACCAAUGGACGAAAACUUGGCUCAACAGGUUGGACUACUUUUGGUUGAAUUGCAGAUGAGCACAAAGCAGUUGGACAAAGCCUCAGGACUGCUCAGUUUUUUAGAAAACCAAUUGUUUCAUAGCCAUCCUGUUAUUCUAAAACAAGGCGAAAAACCUGCUAAAGUGAUUGAUAAAGAUAAAAAGAUGUGUACAGUUUCUAGCACGACAAUUGAUCAAUUUAAGAAAAAAUUACAGAUGUAUAAGGCCAGAUGUUUUUUAAUGAAGCAUUCACUUGGUGCUGCAAGUGAGGAAAUCGAGAAAAUUGAAGAACAGAGUGAAAUGACUAUUGCCGCUCGAUUUCUGAGAGCAAACUUGCUAUAUCUCCAAGGGAACUGCGAAGCGGCGAUGGAGAUUUUAAACGGUAUUAGUUCCGAAGCAGAUUUUGGUUCUAGUGACGAGUCCUACAAUGUGAUACUUUACAACAAUCUUGGAACAAUUUAUCACGCCAUGGGUAAAUACCAUCUAGCUUGCCACCAUUACCAAAAGGCAAUAAAGGCGGAUAUAGAAUUGAUUCAAAGUAAGUCAAACGAAGAAAAACCUUUGUAUAGACUGGGCAGUUCAAGGUAUCACGAAUUAAUAUACAAUUUGGGAAUAUCACUUCUGCAUGCAGGCCGUUCAGCUGACGCAUUCGAUUGCCUGAUUAUAGCAGUUAGGAGGUACCAUCGCAACUCGAGAUUGUGGCUCAGGCUUGCAGAGUGUUGCAUUCAUGUUCACAAAGAGUCAAAUGAAAUUGAUUUUAACAUACCAAAAGAAAUGAAAGUGGGCGUGGAGAUGAUCGGUACGAAAAAGCACCAAAAGAUUGUUCUCACAAAAAAUUUAUCAAACGACAAGAAAUACAGUGUGGAAGGAGAACCGUAUGCUGUACCAGUACCUACUCUUGAAUUUGCCUCUCUGUGUUUACGAAAUGCAUAUCUUUUACUACCAUCAGACACAACCUCUCCUAUACCAUUAUUGUUAAUACCGGGCGUAACGCCUCCGGCACCGCCACCUAGCCCGGGUCCUGCUCCAUCGGUUCCAUUAUCUCCUAAUUCUGUAUCAGCGCUAAAAAAUUCGAUCCUGGCUUCGAGUGCAUAUGUUUGUUUAUGUUUGGGGGACUAUGUGUUAGCUUUAGAACAUGCUCGCAAUCUUCUAUCUCAAUCAAAAUUAUUAGGUGCUCACAGGUUAUUAGGUCAUUUGUAUGCAGCAGAAGCUCUUGUAUUUUUAGACAAAAUUGCAGAUGCGCUCGAACAUUUAAACCCCGAAAAUGUAAAAGACAUCGCAUUGCAUUUCCCGGUUAGCGAGAUUUUAGAUGAAAGCGAUAAUGUCGCAAACAAUCCACCCUCAAAAUGGUUCCCAACAAACCUAAUCAGCGCACGCGCUGUAAUACAUUACAAUACAGCUGUUUGCAAAACAUUACGAGGACAAUUCGAUCAAGCUGAUGGUUUAUUCAAGCAAAUAUGGAAGGAUUGCAGAUCAAAUUCCAAAGUUCCCGCCCGUUUAAUUAUGCUAGUAAUAUAUAUUGAAUUACAGUUAGGGCAUCCCGACGUGGCACGAUCGUUGAUAAAAGAGUACUCUUAACAGUACAGAGUAAAUGGUUGAAAUAAUUUAUUUGUUUAUUAUAUUUACUAAUAAAUGACUUUACCCAU